AUAUACUUGUCAGUGUUCAUGUAUACAAAGUAGAGGUUAUGUGUCAUGUCGAAGUUUAAUGAAACAACUGAAACAAUAAUGUUCACAAGAAAAAUGUCGACAAUGGAAGGUUCACUUAGUAAAUGGACUAAUGUUGUUAACGGAUGGCAAUAUCGAUGGUUCGUCUUGGAUGAUAAUGCUGGACUUUUAUCUUAUUAUACAAGUAAGGAAAAAAUGAUGCGAGGGGCACGCAGAGGAUGUGUUCGUUUAAGAGGCGCCGUAAUUGGAAUUCAUGAUGAAGAUGAUAGUACUUUUACUAUCACAACAUCAUCACAGAAAGACGAUCCAAAGACUUUUCACUUUCAAACACGAAACGGCGAAGAACGCGAACGUUGGGUUCGAGCUCUUGAGGAUACAAUUUUACGACACUCACAUGCACGCUGGGAUCCAAACAAAUUACUGCCAAAGCAAGAUUUCGAUCGAAAAGUAGCAGAGGCUGACGCUUAUCUUCAAUUGCUGAUCGAUCAAAUUAAAUUAAUUGAGCAAAAGCAGCAGUCAGUGCCCGAAGGAGAUGAGACUAAUGAACAGAGAUAUGAGGAAAUUUUGAAGCAAGCAAAUGCAAUGCUUAAUUCCGUCAAGCACAUGAUCGUUCAAUUACAAAUUGCCAAGAAUACAGCUAUUCCGGUAAAUGGGAUUUACACAGGUCCAACCAAACCCAUUGCUACGGAUUUGAAACUCGGGGAACCAGAGUUGACUGUACAGACGGGAAUUGAAUUAGGAUCGGAAUGUGUGGAGCCGAGGGUUACAAAUUUAACAAAAGUUGUGGGAAGAGAUCUUCCAGUACCAGAAUACUCUUAUUCAUCUUCCGAUGAGGACGAAGAUUUUUUCGAUGCAGCAGAUGAUAUUUCAGUACCUUCGCAUCAAGCAGCUCAAAAUUAUCAUCCUCCAAAGCGACGAGAACUCGAGAGAUUACCGUCUUCAUCAUCGACAGAAAGUACACCUGUUGAUAAUCGAAAACCACCACCAGCACCGCCAAUAAAAGGAGAUGGAUCUGUCGACUAUGAUGCAUUGUACGAGGAAGAGAGCGAAGAGGAAAUGGACUCGAUGGAAAGCCAUGGAUCAGUUGUCACUCAUCUUUUGUCGCAAGUGAAAAUCGGAAUGGAUUUGACAAAAGUUGCCCUCCCGACUUUUAUUCUGGAGCGCAGAUCCCUUUUAGAAAUGUACGCGGAUUAUUUCACUCAUCCCGAUCAAUUUGUAAGCAUAGCAGAUAUGCCAACUCCAAAAGAAAGAAUGGUGCAAGUGGUGAAAUGGUACCUGUGCAGUUUUCACGCCGGUCGAAAAUCAGGUGUUGCAAAAAAGCCCUAUAAUCCAAUUUUAGGAGAAAUAUUCCGCUGUCAUUGGGAUCUUCCGUCAGAAAAAGAACAGAAUAAUUCAUUAAAAGGAAGUGCUAAAUUCGUUAAAGAUGGACCCGUACCGUGGUCUACUGAAAAUCAACUUUCCUUUAUCUCUGAACAAGUUUCCCAUCAUCCUCCAGUGAGUGGCUUUUAUGUCGAGAAUGUCGAAAGGAAUAUCAGUUUUGGAGCGCACAUAUGGACGAAGAGUAAAUUUUUAGGAUUGAGCAUUGGUGUACAUAAUGUUGGCAAGGGAUGGGUUAAUGUGAUAAAUCAUGGCGAGGAGUAUAUCGUAACAUUUCCAAAUGGUUAUGGAAGAUCGAUAUUGACAGUGCCAUGGAUUGAAUUGGGUGGCAAUACGACGAUAACAUGCGCUCAAUCUGGUUACACAGCAUCAAUAGAAUUUCUCACAAAACCAUUUUAUGGCGGUAAACGUAAUCGAAUCACGUGUCAAGUGAGUCAUCGCACGGAUAAAAAGCCAUUCCUUGUAAUUAAUGGCGAAUGGAAUGGAUUAAUGGAAUCAAAAUGGGCUGAUGGGAGAUCGGAAAUAUUCGCUGACGUUCGAGAAUUAAAGGCGGAAAAGAAGCAAGUGAAGCCGAUGUGUGAACAGGAGGAUUGUGAAUCAAGAAAAAUUUGGAGAGAAGUAACGAUGGGUUUAAGAAUUAAUGAUAUGGAUAAGGCAACAGCGGCGAAAUCCUCUAUUGAACAAAAACAACGUGAUGAAGCUCGAAUUCGCAAAGAAAAUAAUAUUAUGUGGCAAACGAAGUUGUUCAAAGAAACCAAAGACGGAGGCUAUGCAUAUGUGAACCCUCUGGAAGAGAGAUUAAAAGUCAAAACGGACGAAUCAACAGUGACAAACACCUAAAGAGGUAAAUGAUGAAAUCGACUCCAAUAAAUAAUUCGCACACGUAAAAUAACAAACUUAAGCCUGAUUCCAUUGAGACGUACGUCACUCUACAAGCCUGUACAUAUAGCUAAAACUAUCCUUAUUCUAUUUUCAAUUUUAUUAUAGUUCCCUCAAUAUUAAGCAAAUAGCGGAAAAUUUCAAUUUUUUAAAAUAUUUACCAAAAAAGUUCUUAUAGUUUGGAAUUUUCCUUUUAAUCCCUAAAAUAAACGUUCUCAACAAAUUUUAUUCCUUAACGUAACUUUUCCUGUUGAAAAUAAUUAUAAUAUAAACAGUAUUUAAAAUAAUUAUCAAAUUAAUUUUUUAAUUUGAAAAAUUAAAUUAAAAAUACCUAUAAUUUUAGUAUUUAAAAGAACGGAGAACGUUUUUUAUUCGUGGCACAAACAUUUUUUCUAUUAUCUGUUCUUCCUCUUUUUUUCCUCAUUUCCUUUUUCUUCAAAUGGAAAAUUUUAGUUUAAUUUAAAUUAAACUUGUGUGACUUAAAUAAAAGACUUGUGUUAAAAAUGUCCUUACUUAAGUAACAAAAAAAAGACUUUCGAGUCGUUUUUUCACGAUUUUCAAAAAAUUUAUUACAAUUUUUAUAACGCCGCAUAAAUAUGAAAGUUAAAAAUGGAUUAUGUACAGUUUGUAGACGAAAGCAUUUUUUAAAUGUGAAAAAACACAUUUAAGUAUACGUAUAGAUUAAUAGAUUUUAAACAUUAAUUAAAUUACAUUAUAUUAAUGUAAUAUAAAAUAUUUUAGAAUUUUUAAAAGUGAAAUUUAAUUCAAUUUUAUCAACAGUCCAUUUAUUACUUACUAUUUAUAUUAAUAAGAAAAUUUUUCAAAUUUUUUCUUCAAGAUUUUAUGAGAUUAUUUAAUCUAAAUAGAAAACUGUUAAUUAAUAAAAUUAAUUAGUUAGUUUAUGUAAUUGAAAAAUCUUGUGGUGGCGUUCGGGAAGGGACAGAUUAAUUUUUCAGUAGAUUUAGAAAUUUUAAUUUUUGUUGGUGCAAAGUGUGAUGUAAUUCACAUCCUAUUUUAAUAAGUACAUUCUUUUAGAUAUAUAUUUUUAUUACAAUGAAAAUUUAUUUUUUUGUUAAAAAAAUACGUCAAGUAUUAUAGUUUUUAUAUUUUUAGUAUUUAGCUCGACUUUUAAAUUCUUUGAGAAAGAAAGUUUAAUAAGUUUAAAAAUGUGAAAUAAGUUGUAAAAAAUUACUCUUAAAAAACUCCAAAUUUUAUCUAAAUUAUUUAUCGCUUAGAAUUUUUUUUUUGGAUUUAUUUUUACUGAAAUAAGACGAAUUCUAUGAGGCUUAAGAGUGCACGUAUAUAAGUGGCCUUUAAUGCAAGGAUAAAUUUUAUUGAAAAUUGAGAAGAACUAAUUCUUAAAGCUAAAAAUCUAUAUAAAUACUUAAAAAGCAAAAUAAUAGCUCUUAAACAAUAUAUAUUAUAAAUUUAGAAAAAAUUAUAUAUAGAUCUUAUAUUUUUGUUUAAUAUAAGUACGUGAAUGAAAAAUUUCAUGUUAGAAAAAAAAUCCUAAAUAUCUAUUAUCAAAGAGAAGAAGCAAAAGAAAAAGACGAUUUCAAGAAAAUUACGUUAUCCGCAAAACAUCGAAAUGUAUUUUCUAUAUUUAAAUUCGAAAUUUUUUGAAUAAAUUUAUUAACCUUUUUAUUAUUACAUUAAUAAUAAAUUCGAAGUGCUUUUUAUUCUGCUUGACUCUUAGAUAAUUUCGUAUUAGCAGGAAAACAAAAAUACUCGGCACAUUUAAAUAUAUUAUAAUAAAUAUGUAGAAAAAGUCUGUACAAUAAACUUCAGAACUGUUUUUUUCUUUUCGAAAGAGAAAAGAAAUGUAAAAGUAAAAGUAGUUACUAACUUCCAAGGAAAUCUUAAGUUUCCUUUAGAAAAUUAGUUGUAAGAAAAAAAACAAAUGUAAAUUGCAUAAAAAAAACGCGUUGCAUGUCGAAAAUAUUGUAAAAAAAAAAGCAGCUGUUAUCUUUUUCUGAAUAAAAUUGUUUUGUAAAAUAAAAAA